CAAAGCGCGGAAAACUCACUUCACCGUUUUUUUGCUUCAUAAUAAAAACAAAAUCUUUAAAUUUUAUAUUUGAAAAACAACUCAGAUAUUUAAAUUUACAAUUUGAAAGCUUAAUCUGCCAAUUUGGUGUCUCAUAUCCGGUCAAUAAUUCCAGUCCUGGAUCCAAAUUUUGAAACGAACUGUAUCGUCAAUUAAGAUGUCGUCAGGUCGUGACUGCUGCUUAUUUUGCGGUACGGACAGCAAUAUUUCGACACGGAUGGGAAACGACAGAUCGCGAAGCCUUCACGUUAUUUCGAUUCUUCAUAAACUUCUCCAGAUUCCGAUCUGGGAAUGUGGGAAAUAUUUGGACUUUCCGUCCCCUUCGUCUUCUUCUUCCCCUCCUCCGGGGACGGAUUGGCUAAUUUUGUGCACCUCCUGCUCAUCAAUGGUCGCCCACGGUCACGACCUUGUCCAACAGCUUGAUCGCCUUCAAAAUCGACUUUGCAAAAUCCAGUCAACUUUACAAAACAAAAUUGCAAACCCACGCAAAAAAGUUAUGACGAAGACAAAGGCUAAAAUUGUGGACCAGUUGAAAAGAGACAUUUCUCGAAAGACAGGUCAAGACAACAAGAGCCGCCAAUCCAGUACCAAAAGCACUCUUAACAAUUUAGCAAACUAUUCACCUUCUGAACAAGAGGAGUCAAUUGACGACAUGAAUCUUGGCAUUCUGGUUGAAGACGUUAAGAUUGAGGAUAUCAAUUUGGAUGAGGAAGACGAAAUAGAUGAUCUCAGCGUGGAACACGUGGCCGUGGAAAGUGAUAAAGAAGAAGAGUCCAAUUUUUUCAUUGAGAGUGGCGACGAAGUGGCUGCAAAUUCAUCGGAUGAUGACUGGGAAAUGAACGAUGUUCGUAAACGCAAGAAACCCAAGAUCACUAAGAUCACUGGAAACACAGGUCCACGAAGAUUGAAGGCAACAAGAAAAAAGAAAAGCACUCGAAUCUCGCUUCCAAAAUCUGCAUCAAAUUCAAGCUCUGAAGUACAGGAAGUAACUCGAACUAACACGGAAACGGAGGGGAAGGGUAUUAACACCAAGGGGUCGAAACAAGACGACGUAACUUUUCAAGAUGAACUUUACACCAUUCCAACCGAAUUUCAAGAUCAUUUUACCUACAUUUGCACAGUGAAAGGUGGGGAAGAGUUUAACCGGAAGGAAAAUGGUAUUCGAGGGAGGUGCGUAACAUGCACGCAAAUAAGUACCAUCCCUGCCGGAAGUUAUUACAAUUGGAGGAGACAUCUAAAGAUGCAUGGGAUUGUCGCCCAGAAUGUGGCAAAGGGGGGUUUAUCUGUGCAUAAAAGUGGAGGAUAGUUGUACGCUGAAAUGUCUGACGAUACUAAAUUGAAAAAUUGAACUGAUAAAUUUAAAAAAGUUUGCACUAUUUUUAUUUACAAGUGUUACAAAUCAUACAAAAUAAAAUAGUGUGAAAAAUCGUACACAAAUCUAUUCCAUUAGA